GUUCUGGACGGAGUAAUCUGAUGCGUUUGAGGCGGCGCUCCUCAGCCUGCAAACCGCUGCCUGCAGCUACGUUUCUGAACCAGGAGCUGUGGGUGUGCAGGGCGGGGCAGCAGCGCCUGAACGCUGAGGUUCAGAGCAGACGUCCACCAUGAGCUCUGCUGAGGCUGAAACACGCACAGAGGACCUGGAGCUGAGGGUCCUGCUUGUCGGGAGCGCUGCUGCCGACAAGACUUUGGUCAUGGACAGAAUCCAGAAGUGCUCAGAGUCGGAGUCCAGUGAGGCCAGCGCCAAGCGUCUGAAACCUCAGGCUCCCAAAGUGAGGCUUGAAGGACGGGACCUGGUUCUGUUUGACACCCCGGGCCUCUGCAGCUCAGCAAUGACGGACGACGAUGUAAUAAAAGAGAUAAAGACGUGCGUCUCCAGGUCUGCUCGCCACGUCUUCCUGUUCGUCCUGCAGAUCGACAGAUUCACCGCAGCAAAGAGAAGAAUGGUGGAGACGGUGAAAUCCAGCUUUGGGGAGGAGGUCACCAAAUCCAUGGUUCUGGUUUUCCAAGGAAGCGUCCCCGAGCAUGAAAGGAGGCCCAUAGAGGAGGCCAUUGCUGAGGUCAAAGCCCUCAGGGAGUUUGAUGAGCAGUGCGGCCAGAGGCACGUGGUUUUCUACACGGGAGAAGAAGACGCGCCUGAAGUCAGGAAGCUCAAGCUGCACAUCGACGGCAUCGUUAAGGAGAGCGAGGGAAAGUGUUACACCCAUGAGAUGAUGCUUCUGGCUGAGAGCGCAGAGCAAACCACCACAGAUUUACUUUAACUAGGACGUUUGUUCUGGGUUUCUGGUUCUGACAGAUGAGAACAUCCACACCUGCUGUUUGUGAGGCGUCCGCUGAGCUGGACUGCUGCAGGUUUAAUCAUUACGCAUAAAAACAUGGAACCGUUAUUUAGAAGCUGUUCCAUGUUCAUAAAGAAGUUCAUGCUUUUAAUUUUUUAAGUGUUUCAAUAACUGAUUAAAUAGCAACAUGACUAAACUGAAAACCAUCCGAUUAAAAAACAAUGUAAUUGAUUAAAUAAUUAAAUAUGUAAACAAUUAAUUCAAACUGAAAACAGAUAAAUAGAUCAUUUAGAAAAUAUAUCUUUAUAAUUUCUAUUACAAACGUGGUGGUUUAUUCAAAGAUGGCGUCAGUAGGCGUGGCUAAGACAGCGCUCAUGAUGAUUGGUCAGAAAAGAGGAGGUUAACCAAUCAGAUGUCUGGGCCUUUCCCACUGUGACAGUUUAAAGGGUUUCAUGGUUCGGCAGACCAAAUAUAUUACAACGUAGAGAAAUAAAUAUACUCUUUGUGUCUUAUAGUUGUGACUAUCCAACAGUUCAUUGGUCGGUCUGUCUUUCCUGGUUUUAUCCUCGCUUCCAUAAUAUAAUCAUCUUUAUUUGCCAACUAAAUUUUGUAUAUUGCAUUGAAACGUGUCCUCUGGCUCCGACCUGUCCCGCCCAGGCUGACUUCUGGGCCUAAUGGUCCUGCUCAGGGGCCAGAGCAGCAGUCUGUGGGAUUCAAACCAGGGAACGUCCUCUUCAGGACUGCUCUCUAACCACUGGGCACCACUCCCCUACAUCUGGUUAAUCUGCUUUGGUCCUGGUUUUGAAACGCUGCUGCGUAGAUAAGCUGCAGUACCAGCGUUCCUCCACACGGUGUCUCCCUACAGCACCAUGUGUUUUUACUCAGGGACCACGUGGUUAGGAUCAUCAGAGUCCUUCUGACACCAGAACAUCAGGAGUCCAGCAUGGAUCAUGGUCCUGGUACAUUAUAACUGCUUGUUUGGACCCAGUGCUCCUCCUGUCUAAUACUACUCUCUCUCUUUAUAUGUAUAUGUAUAUG